AAAACUCCGCUGGAGCCGCCUGCGCUCUACAAGUCUUGUCCAUUAGGGUGGAGGCCAUCGCUAGUAGGUUGGAGGUCCAUCCCUCCUAUACACCCUGAACUCCAGAAUUUCAAUCGCUCCACUGUUCAGAGACUCUUUCUACAGGGCGCCGAAGAAUUUCGGAGUGGUGCAGUGAUAAUCAAUCAACAUGGUGAUAAUAAACUAACCUGUUGCUUCAAGUUUCAGCUCUAAAUAGAAACAACGGAAAAAGGCGAGACAGAAGAGAAGACAAAAGGGAAGAAAGAAAGGCCAGAAAUAAGUAACAGUAUAUGCAAGAAAGGCUUGCAGGCCUAAAGACAGAAAAGACAAUCCUAACACUUGCGGUUGAUCACAAGCACUGCUCCAAAGCAAUCAUGGUCACGUAUCUAGAGCGAUGAGUCACACACACUGGAAGAGCCCACUUUUGGGUCAGAACAGAAUGGGCACAAACAAGAACAAUGUUCGCUACUAGGAGCAAAGAGCAUCGCUACUAGGAGCAUACCGAAUGACAUUGGCCGUGGGGGAUCUUGUACUCGGCCUGAAACGCCUCAACGAGCUUCACAUCAUCGGCAGAGCAGACUCAGAUUUUGCUAUUUGCGUGGGCGGUGGAUCAAUCGCCAUGUGAAGUGCUCAGGUUCACCGAAUGCCUUUUGCCGCUCAAGAUCUCUUGUCUCAUUUGUCCAAAUUGCACUGACGACAAUCGCAUUGAAGUGUGAAUAUUUGGCAAGUGAACUUGAGUUCUGAAUGCAUUGUCAUAGCUAGUCUUACAGAAUGCCACAAGAAGCUGGAAACUGACAAUUCUAAGACAGCUGGUGCAUGCAUGGAUGCUCAUGAUGCUGGAUGGACAGCGCACUAGAGCUCGAAGAACUCGACUUGCACGAGCUUGGCUUCUCAGUCUUACCACGCUCUUGGCGGGUGCCGCUGUACUACCUCCCGGGCCCGCCAUCCCAAGAAGAGUUGUGUUUUCAUCGUUUUCGGCGCCGCAAGCUGCAGUUUCCGAGCCAGAGCCACAGCUUGCUCAGCUUGAGCCAGUUCUGGAAGAGGUGGUGGUCACAGCAGGACAGGACUUGGCCAAGACCAGUUUGGACGACUAUGCAGCAAUGCGUGAUGACCAGUUGCGCACAGAGGCCUAUGCAGCAGCCAUCCGAGAACGCGUCUCUAUGGGCGCUGCGACUGUGUUGGACAUCGGGACGGGACCCUUUGCAUUGCUGGCUACAAUUGCUGCAAAUGCUGGAGCACGGAAGGUCUAUGCCAUCGAACGCACGCCAAGUGUUGCACAAGAGGCGCAGAAGUUUGUGGAAGACGCUGGACUUCAAGAGGUGAUUUCGGUGAUUUCUGGAAACUCUCAGGAUGUGGUCUUACCUGAAAAGGUUGAUCUCAUUGUCUCUGAACUCGUGGGGAACGUUGCUACCGGAGAAGGCGUGGUGGAAACCAUUCGGGAUGCCAGACGUCGCUUCUUGCGGGAAGACUUGCUUACGAAGCCAGAAGCCAUGAUUCCUGCUCGUUGUCAAACAGCCAUUGCACCAGUGAUGUAUGUCAAUCACGAACUCCUAGCUGCAAAGGGUCCAGAAUUCUUGAGACCUUUCAAACUCUUUUCGGAAACCAAAGAUUUGCUAUUUCUUUCAGAACCUCAGCUGCUGGAAGAUUUCGAUUUAUGUUCAUUCGGUGGACCUGGUGUGGGUGAUUUGCAAGAGAACGAAGACUUAGACUUUCUGAUUGAAAAGUCCCCAAGCCUUUGGCCUUUGCUCUUUUCAGGCUUUGCUCUUUGGCCUCGUGUCGUGGUAGACCCACAACGAGUCGUUGACAUUCAAAACGCUGCGAGUCACUGGUCUUACGUCGUCGCCCUCAUGUCCAAGGAAAGGAUUCCGUUAUCACCAGGUCAACGGAUCGCCCUCCACAGUGAAGUGGAUCUUCGGAAAGUGCCCUACUCCUACAGACUGCGAGGAACGGUCAAAAGG